CAUUGACUUGCAACCUUGUAGAAGACGUUCAGACUACUUUUACACGCUCCUUGCCUUGCCUCCUAUAUAUGGGUCACUCAUUCAGUAGCCGUCUGCAACAAACAAAUUGAGAGAAACUUUAUUUGCAUAAUGGAUACUUUGUAUUCAAACUUAUUCAACCCUCCCUAUAUUUCUCACUUUUUGCUCCUUUUGGUUUUGGCAUCUUCAUAUCUGCACACUAGCAGUCACUUCUGUUUUUGUUUGGUUGAUGGAGUUCCAAGCACUAGUACUGUGAGAUCAUGCAUCGAGGAAGAGAGAAGUGCGCUUCUCGGUUUUAAACAGGAUCUCAAGGAUCCCUCUGGAAGGCUUUCUUCUUGGGCGGGUCGCGAUUGCUGUCAAUGGCAAGGGAUUUCGUGCAACAAUCGCACCGGUCAUGUGGCGAAGGUGAAUCUCCGGAAUCCAUUUCCAUAUGUUUUCGAGUACGACGACGAGUUGGACGAGUUGGUUUAUAAGCAGUCUUGCUUGGGGGGUAAGAUAAAUCCUUCUUUGCUUAGCUUGAAAUAUUUAAAUUAUCUAGAUCUAAGCAACAAUGAUUUUGAUUGGAUUCACAUCCCUAAGUUCUUUGGGGAGCUUAAAAGUCUGAGGUAUCUCAAUAUAUCCCAUGCAUCAUUUUCGGGAGAGAUUCCCCAUUCUCUCGGUAACUUAUCAAAAUUGAACUAUCUUGAUAUUGAUAUGCCCUCUUCUGAUUAUGCUACCACAAUGCAUUCCAAAAGCUUGAAUUGGCUUUCUCAUCUCGCUUCCCUAAAAUACCUCAAUCUCAAUGGAGUGAAUCUUAGCAGCACAGGAGUUCCAAAUGUGCUGCAUCAUGUUAACUUGCUUCCUUCCUUACUGGAGUUACACUUAUCUGGUUGCUCGAUUGAUAGCAAUCCACUAUCACUACAGAAGAUUAACUUCACCUCACUUUCGGUCCUUGAUUUGUCAUAUAAUUCGUUCAAUACUUCUUCAUCUCCCAGCUGGCUUUUCAAUCUUACCAACCUCAGAAAACUUGAUUUAAGCGGGAAUUCUUUCGGUGGUCCUUUUCCCGAUGAACUUGCAAGCCUCAAAUCUCUGGAAUACCUAGCUUUAACUGAGUUGGGCCUCAAAGGUCGAAUUCCCAGAGUCAUUGGAAAUAUGUGCAAGCUAAAGUUUUUAAGUCUUAGUGGGAACGAUUUUUAUGGUGAGAAAAUUGAAGAGUUUUGGAGGAGUUUGUCAAAUUGUCCAAAUAAUACAAUAGCAUUAGAAUCGCUAGAUUUGUCUGGUUCUCGGCUGGAAGGCCAACUGCCGGCCUCCGUAGGAAAGUUAAAAAGUUUGCAGCAUCUCAACCUUGGGGUGCUCUUACUUUGGGGUUCAAUUCCAGAAUCUAUUGGAAACUUGUCAUCCUUGAAAACACUGGACUUGUCUUAUAAUAAUAUGAACGGCUCCAUUCCAGAAAGUUUGGGAAAACUCUCCCAGCUAGUUGAACUGGAUCUGUCUUAUAAUUCAUGGGAAGGCAUUCUAACGGAAGCCCAUUUCAUUAAUCUCACAAAAUUAAAAGCUAUUUCAAUAUUCAAUGAGAUAGAAGCAAAGCCCAUGUCCCUCGUUUUAAACGUGGCUUAUGAUUGGGUUCCUCCUUUCAAGCUCCACACGCUUCACAUUGGAUAUUGCAGAGUAGGUCAUGGUUUUUGGGUAUUGCUUCAAUCUCAGACUGAACUAGUGUAUGUUAGUCUUCGUAAUACUUUCAUCUCGGAUUCCAUACCAGAGGAAUGGUUAUCGAAGAUAUCUUCCCAAGUCACAGAUUUGGAUUUAUCUUACAACAACUUCAGUGGAAGGCUUCCAUUACAAUUGAAGUUUCCAAAGCUACAGAGUAUCAAUUUGGGUCAUAAUCAAUUGGAAGGCCCACUUCCACUUUGGCCCACUAAUGUCAACUUCCUUGAUCUUCAAAGCAAUUUAUUUUCCGGGCCAAUUCCCUCUAAUUUAGACCAAUUGAUGCCCAAAUUGAGUCAUUUGGAUGUUUCUGAGAAUCAUUUGAAUGGUACUAUUCCACCCUCAAUUUGCAACAUGAAGGAUAUGGAAAUCAUUUCACUUAGAAACAAUCAGCUGUUUGGAGAAUUCCCUCAACAAUGGAGUUUGUGGAGCAGCAUAUCCGUUAUUGAUGUCUCACACAACAAUCUUUCUGGUAAUAUUCCAAGUUCAAUGGGUAUCCCAAGUGCUCUUCAACAAUUCAAGGUGAAUAAUAAUAAUUUUGGUGGUGAGAUUCCUUUUUCCUUGCAAAAUUGCACUAAUUUGGGCAUACUUAAUCUUGAACACAACAAAUUCACUGGAAACCUACCUUUAUGGAUUGGAUCAAACGUGUCCACAUUGCAACUGUUACAACUGCGAUCCAACCUGUUAAGUGGGCAUAUCCCUCACCAUUUCUGCAAUCUUAUAUACCUUCGCGUCCUAGACCUUGCUCACAACAACUUUUCAGGGACCAUUCCCAAGUGCCUGAAAAAUAUGAUUUGUCUAGUCGAUGCUAAUGCUGUACACCUUGAUUUGGUUUUCUAUGAUACAUAUUAUGGACAAACAACAAUAACCUCCAAAGGCAAAGAACUCGAAUAUGAAGCUAUCCAAUUAGCCUAUUGGGGAAACAUCAUUGAUCUUUCGUCAAACAAUUUUGAAGGUGAAAUCCCUGAGGCAGUCUCGUUGAAUUGA